UGUUUUAAACCGAACUCCAGUUCAUCUCAUCCAUGAAAUCAUCCUGGUGGACGACUUCAGCAACGACGAAAGUGACUGUCAGCUUCUCACCAAACUGCCCAAAGUCAAAUGUCUUCGCAACAACAAGAGAGAAGGUCUGAUCAGGUCCAGGGUGCGAGGGGCCGAUGCUGCGAGGGCCGGGGUCCUGACCUUCCUGGACAGUCACUGUGAGGUCAACAAGGACUGGCUGCCUCCGCUCCUGCAGAGGAUCAAACAGGACCCAACCCGUGUGGUCAGCCCGGUCAUCGACAUCAUCAACAUGGACACGUUUGCCUACGUGGCGGCCUCGGCUGAUCUCCGUGGAGGUAUGGAAAU